AUGCCACGUACUACUGAGAAUUCUAAAGCUGCGGCUGCUGCUGCGAAAGAUUUGGCUCCCAUCCCUGAGGAGGAAGAUGACAAGUUUCAGGACACCAACCCUUCUCCUCCGGAGCGUCGUUCGGAGUCACAAGCGUCAGGGGAGUCCUUGUCGAGCAUCUGGGAGGCGCUACCUUUGACAACUCUCCAACGUCUGGCGGAGAAAUUCCAUUUGGGACAUCCAGCCACCGCCGCUAAAGCGGACUAUGCGGCUCAACUGGAACGUUUCCAAAUUCCUCUCACCGCCAUUCAGGACCUGUCACGCGGCGCCAUUACGGCACCGCUCAGGGGUUUUCAUUCCAAUGAUGACGACGUAGCCGUACCACGGUGUACUUCUCAGCGACCUCAAUGGCUUCUUGACUUACAAGCACCGAAUCUGCCCAAGCAACGGGCCAAAGAGGAUUUUGAGGACUUCGCAACAAGACUACGCAAUGCAUUAGCUGUCGGGAAAAUUACGGAUGAACAUCGGCUCUCCGCCCUCUUGGAGAACACGCUGCCCAACAUCCAAUCAACGGCAAAUCGGAUGUACAAGAGAGGUAUCUUCGAGUUUGAACAACUUGUGGAAGCAGUCGCUCGCCGUCAUCCGACCCCGCAUUUGGAUCGCCUCAAGCGUUUUCGGUCGCUCCGCCCCGAGAAAGGGGAAAGUUUCUUCAACUUUGGGGAAAGACUUCGGGAGGAAUACGAAAAUUAUCUUCAACUUCCGCUCGACGACGUGGAUGCCUGUGAACCAGUUAUCCAGCAUAUUCUGAAGGAGCAGCUGGUGAACAGUGCGGAAACCGGCCUCAAGGACGAGUUACAGAAGAAGUGGGGCAAGAAUGGCCAACUAUCCUGGGACGAUCUGGUGGACGUGGCGGAAGCUUACCGGCUAAACCACCCCUCAACCGCAACGGGUCAAGCCUCCGGGAAAACUGGUUCGCGACCCCGGGUGGAUUUACCACCGAAACAAUGGUGUGAUCACCACAAGAGAACAAUGCGGCACGGGCGCAAGAAUGCAGGUUGCGGCUUCGGCAACAAUCUUCGGACAAUUCGGGUGCCAAACCGGCGACGGGGACCUUUUCAUCGUCGAACUCGCGAGGAAACGACAUUUCUUUGGUUGUGUGUUUUCAUUGUCAAAAGACGGACAUCGGUUGGGACUGCCUUAAGCCCCGAGGCUGUGCAGGUUACGCGACUGGUCGAAACACUUUUUGAUUUUCAGGGUACGCCCCACAUGGGCUCCUUCUUAGUGUUACCGGGGAUGAGGGAAUUUCCAGUCAUUCUUGGCCGAACCAUCCUCUUGCAGUUACCAUUAACAAUAAAUCUGGAUGGGAAACGCAUGUUCACUGGCUUUCAUGAAGGAACACGGCCUCCCGCAAAGCCGUCCUUGCAGAUUGGCGACGGGAUUUCUUUUGUCGACAGUUCCCCACAAGAGCGAGAGGUAGUGAUGCGUAUUCUAUGCCGUCAUUCCCCACUCAUGCGCCAAUGGUCGGGUCGUCGCGGAUUAUUUGCGGAUUUCGUCGUGCAAAUUCCUACAGUUGAAGCAUCGCCACCGGCGGCGCGCCAGUUUCGCCAUUCCGUUGAGCGUAACAAGCCCUUUGCGGAAAUCAUUGACCUUUAUUUAGAAGCAGGAAUUUUAGAGCCUGCCGCUUCACCUUUUAAUGCUCCAGCUUUUCUCGUUGACAAGAAGUGUCUGGAUCCAUCGGCUCCCGCCGAGAAACGCUUCAGGUUAGUCGAGGAUUACUCCAAGCUCAACAAGCUCAUCAAGCGUCUAUUGAUGGGAUACGGCUGGCACGUUCUCGACGACCUCCAUCAGACAGGGAGCAGGCCCGCAGAGAGAAACGUCGAGGCGGUUCGCCGGUAUCCAAAGCCCGACACCCGUCGACAAAUGCAGCAGUUCUUGGGCCUUGCAACUUACCUGCGGGCCCACCUACCAACAAAUUUUGCGGAAUCGGAAAAAGUUCUUCGCCGUACAAUCCCACAGAAGCCAGCAACGAAAAUUGCCUGGACACCGGACGCUGAGGUAGCUUUCGAGCAUAUUAAAUCGGUUUUAGCAGAUACCGCUCGAUCAGGGGCGGCACUGCAAGCGCCCGAUGCGCUGAGCAGAAUCUCGCUCAACAAUGCGUCGGCCAGGGUGCAACCGCCGGAAGCAGAUCGAAUAGCCCUCAUCGACGCGUAUCAUGCCGAACUCGGGCAUGCGGGUUGGAAAAAGGUCUAUGCAACCAUCAAACAACGUUUCAUCUGGCCCAGGAUGCGUCAGGAUAUAAGGCGGAGGAUCCUCGCCUGUGAACUUUGCUUCAAGUACAAUCAGCCGUCACAGACCGUCGGCGCUCACAUGAGUGCAAUUGAAUCCAAUCGACCGCGAGAAAGGUUAGUUCUUGAUUUUUAUGGACCUUUGCCUGAAACUGCCGAGCAUUUUCGAUACGCCAUCAUCGCCGUGGACCACUUCAGUAAGUACAUGAUGGCACAUCCCAUAGAAAAAGCAGACUCCCAAACGGUAAUUCCCUUCCUUGCCAAAGUUUUCCGCCAGUACGGCCUUUUUGAAACCGUGCAUACGGACUGUGACUCAGUGUUUAAUGGCAAAGCGUUUAAACAUUUCUUGAAAGGAUACGACAUUGCGCAACAUAUAGCGCAGGCGUCGCACCCCGAAGGUAAUGGGUGUUGCGAGCGCUCAAUCCAAACGCUGAGCCAGAUCCAAGCGAAAGCAAUUCAGGGACAGGACGAACAAUGGGCUCGGCACCUUGCAGAUUCAGUAAAGGCGUACAAUAGCACAAUACAUUCCGCUACCGGUGUGACCCCGACAGAAGCAAUGUUUGGCCGGCGGACAAUCCUGGAGGCCGACAACACCUUUGGCGCCCCGACAUUGGAGGCCAACAUCUCCCAAGAAGAGUUACAACAGGAGGCCGAAAAACACUGCAAGCGUUUCAUUAAUCAGGUGAAUACUCAUAAAUUACGUCAUUUCAGACCAGGUGACAUGAUUGCAGUAUACCCAAGGCUACCAACUGUGGCCAAACAUGCUGCAAAUCGCCGUUUUCGACCGCAGAGAAUUGGACCCUUCAUGGUGAUAUCGCAGGAAGGGCAUGGAGUCUACCACGUGGGGGCAGGCCCUGACAUCCGCCGGGUGAACGCGUGGGAAAUCGUACCCUACCGAGGAUUACCGAGAGCCCCAAACGCCGGAUUUGAGAAACAGCUGGGGCUCAUCGACCACUCGUCUGGUAAGGAGAACAUCAUAACCAAGGAUGACCACCGCUAUGCUCAGGAUCCAGCGCGGGCGCCAUCAAACCGGCAACUCAAAAUGCAGGCUGAACACAACUAUUGGACAGUGAAACCGCAAGAUGCUAAUAAGCGGAACAAGGUCCGAACAUGCGUGCGGUCGCGAAAUCGUCCCCAAGGGGUUCCUCUGAUUUGCGAGAAACCUCCGGAAAACCCAACAAAAGGGAAACCAGCACCAGCUGUCUACUCCUUGUCACCUAAUUCUUCGGGUCCACCUUAUGAGUUUGGGAGCGUGGCCCUGUUUCAUUGCCCCAUGGGUUUCAUGUGGGUGCCAGCGCAAAACCAAACCCGGGAUCCCCUGAAGCCGCUGGUCAGAAAUUUCACGACUGUCGUGUCAGCUGAAUGUCUCGGAACUUUAGGAUGGGCCCUCUUUGACGUAACUGAAUGCAAUCCAAUCACGUCAUGUGGAGCACCUCCUCCGGAAACGCCGUCUAUCCGAGUGAAAUGUCGGUUCACGAGCAGCGACAUCUACGAGUGCCUACAAACAUGUAGACAAACUUUUCAAGGCUUCGCCAAGAAGGUGCCGCACUACAAAACCAUCUGCGGACCCGACAACAAAUGGACCUCGUUCGAUGACGUUUGCGUCACCGAAUGCGACAACGCGACACUUCCCGAUUUUCCCGGCGUGUCGAGAACCUGGAACGGAUCCGUUUCCAUGUGGUCGGAAGCUACUUUCUCGUGUAAUAAUCCCUGGGAAUCGUUUGACGGAGUCACAAGGGGUUUCACGAAUACGACUGCAUCGUGUGUGGAACCCGGGAUCUGGAAGCUCCUCAGCAAUUAUCCCACCACCGGCUCCAGUACCGGGUUAUUAAAGUGUUUAUCGGUUGUCAACUGGUGCGAUGAAGCCCUGCUACCCAAUGCUAGUGCUGACGUGUUAUCGAUCAGAAAAGACGGCAACGACAGCAGAUACAACGACAGUCGAAUUUUCGAGUUUAUAGACAGAUACGACAUCUAUGUGUGCAAUUCGACGGGAGAUUGGGACAAGAAUAAUGUGAAGAUGAAGGAUCUCCGUUGUGAUUCCGCGUUGCUCAGGUGUGUG